GAAGUAUAGGAAAGAAGGUUUAAUGAGGCACAAGCCCCGAAGAGAGCAGUUUGUUUUUGUAUUAAAUUCCAGGUGGUGAUUCUGUGCCCCUUCACCGGCAUCCAGCAGACCUUCCCUUGCAGCAGCUGGCUGGAUGAGAAGAAGGUGGAUGGGCUGAUCGAGAGGCAGCUCUACGAGAUGGUGUCUCUCAGGAAGAAGAGGCUGAAAAAGUUCCCCUGGUCCCUGUGGGUCUGGACGACCGACUUGAAGAAAGCUGGUACCAACUCGCCCAUCUUCAUCCAGAUUUACGGGCAGAAAGGGCGGACGGAUGAGAUUCUUCUGAAUCCCAACAACAAGUGGUUCAAACCAGGCAUAAUCGAGAAAUUUAGGAUUGAGCUCCCGGAUCUUGGCAGGUUUUACAAGAUUCGGGCAUGGCAUGACAGAAGGAGCCCUGGUUCUGGAUGGCAUUUAGAGAGGAUGACCCUGAUGAACACUCUGACCAAGGACAAGUAUAACUUCAACUGCAAUCGCUGGCUGGACGCCAAUGAAGAUGACAAUGAGAUCGUGAGGGAAAUGACCGCAGAGGGCCCAACGGUGCGGAGGAUAAUGGCCAUGGCCCGGUACCGCGUGACUGUGUGCACUGGAGAACUCGAAGGUGCAGGAACCGAUGCCAACGUCUACCUCUGCCUUUUUGGUGACGUGGGGGACACGGGGGAGCGGUUGCUCUACAACUGCAGGAACAACACCGACCUGUUUGAGAAGGGCAAUGCUGACGAGUUCACCAUCGAGUCAGUCACCAUGCGGAAGGUGAGGCGGGUGAGGAUCAGGCAUGACGGCAAAGGCGCAGGCAGUGGCUGGUUCCUGGAGCGCGUGCUCGUGAGAGAAGAAGGGCAGCCCGAGAGCGACAACGUGGAGUUCCCGUGUCUCAGGUGGCUGGACAAGGAUAAGGAUGAUGGUCAGUUGGUCCGAGAGUUGCUGCCCAGUGACAGCAACGCGACCCUGAAGAACUUCCGCUACCACAUCAGCCUGAAGACCGGGGACGUCUCUGGGGCCAGCACAGAUUCCAGAGUCUACAUUAAGCUCUAUGGGGAUAAAUCUGACACCAUCAAGCAAGUUCUUCUUGUCUCUGACAACAACCUGCAAGACUAUUUUGAACGUAGCCGAGUGGAUGAGUUCACGCUCGAGACCCUGAACAUUGGAACUAUCAGUCGGCUGGUGAUUGGGCAUGACAGCACAGGCAUGCACGCCAGCUGGUUCCUCGGCAGUGUCCAGAUCCGCGUGCCCCGCCAAGGCAAGCGGUACACCUUCCCCGCCAACCGCUGGCUGGACAAGAACCAAGCAGAUGGGCGCCUGGAGGUGGAGCUCUAUCCCAGUGAGGUCGUGGAGAUCCAGAAAUUGGUCCAUUAUGAGGUUGAGAUUUGGACAGGGGAUGUGGGCGGCGCAGGCACCACUGCCCGAGUCUACGUGCAGAUUUACGGCGAGGACGGCAAGACAGAAGUGCUCUUCCUCUCUAGCCACUCGAAAGUUUUUGAGCGGGCAUCCAAGGACACGUUCCAGCUGGAGGCAGCGGACGUGGGUGAGGUCUUCAAGAUCCGGCUGGGGCACACGGGCGAAGGCUUCGGACCCAGCUGGUUUGUGGACACGCUGUGGCUGCGGCACCUGGUGGUGCGGGAGGUGGAGCUCACGCCCGAGGAGGAGGCCCGGAAGAAGAAGGAGAAGGACAGGCUGCGGCAGCUGCUCAAGAAGGAGCGGCUGAAGGCCAAGCUGCAGAGGAAGAAGAAGAAGAAGAAGGGUAGCGACGAGGAGGACGAGGGGGAGGAGGAGGAGGAGUCCUCAUCGGAGGAGUCCUCGGGAAGCCUGGAUCUAGCUCACAAUGACCGAAAGAGGGCGGCCAAGGGCAUUUUCCCUUGA